AUGGAAUGUCUCAUCUACAAGGCUCAGGUAACGAGGAGGUGGGUUGGGAACGAUGGAGGUGUACAGUUUGAGAAAUGUUACGCGACCUGGCAACAUCCCAUGGACCUCACCCCAUACAUCACAAACAUCACAUCGUCCAGUUUUUACAAAACUAAGAUAGCUAAUAGAGCGAUGCAUAAAGCCAUAAAUGGUUACUAUUGCAAGGAGAGAAAUGACUGUUUCAUGACAGGUAGAGAAACCAAUGGUUGGUGGAGGGCAGACCUGGGAGCACCACGUGACAUUAAAGAAAUCUGGAUACAAGCUAGGAGAGACACAUUUAUGAACAACACCUUUCAAAAUGUGGAGGUGCGUCUAGGUGACUCUCCCAACUAUACGGGCAACCCUGUGUUUGGCACGUUCAAUGAUCCAUAUCAAGUGGGAAUGUUGGUCAAAAUCACCCGGAAAUCUGCAAUGACUGGCCAAUACCUACAGAUGCAAUCUCUAGUGUCAUCCCUGUUUUUCGGAAUAUGUGACCUUCAAAUCAUUGGAAAUUAACGACAAGGACCGGAUAAACAAAGACUAUAUUAUAUAUACACAGUGUAAUUUCAAACCCGGCCCCGAGACUAGU